AUGGAGGUCCAAAGGCCUCAUGCUGUCUGCAUUCCCUAUCCAACUCAAGGCCACAUACACGCCAUGCUCAAGCUAGCCAAGCUUCUUCAUCACAGGGGCUUUCACAUUACCUAUGUUCUCACUCAACUCAACUAUACCCAGAUCAUGAAAGCCAGAAAUUUCAUCCCGCUCAGUCAAUCACCCACUUUUCGUUUUGAAACCAUACCUAACGGCCUUCCCUCACGAGAAAACCCCGGCACCGCUCUAGACAUCACUGAGCUUUACUUUUCGACGGCCAAGCUUGCAUUUUCGACCUUGAAGAAGAGAGCUGUGAGCAUAACGAGAACAGUUAGUGCGAGGGAUGAUGAGUCAAAAGCAGAGGUGGGUUUGUUGAAUCCGGUAACGGUGCUUAGAGCUUGCUCCUUCGAAUUUCCAGUGGCCGGCGAGAAAGAAUCGUAG